AUGAUACCCAGCGGUAACUCAAGCGUUGCUGCUGAAGAUCAACUGAAGAUGAGCAUCAAGUCAUCGUCAACAACAUCAUCAUCAUCUUUUGAUUCCACACCGCUACAGAGUUUAGGUCCAAAUAGUGCAAGCCAUAUAUCUGACCCUCAUGGUGGCUCGUCAAUAGAAAAACAUCCAAAAUAUGAUCUGGCAAACUUAGGUUUAAACAUUGUUGGGAUGGAUAAAGAAGGAACACCAAGAUGUUAUAAGGAUACCCAGCUCUUCAACUGAUUCAGCAUAUAGUUUUAUCUCAUCUCCUUCAAUAGACUAUGAGUUCCUGAAUUUUGAUAUAAAUGAGCCUCCAUCAUCAGAAAUCGUUGAAUCUAUAUUUGAAGAAUUUUUGCAUAAAAGAUCAUUCACAAAGGAAGCUAAAUUGAAUUUGAAAUCAAUGUCAAUACAGAGGAAAUGGAGAUUGAUAUGUCAGGAACAUAAUUUGAUCCACAGAGAUAACGCAAACAAUUCCAAC